AUGGAGCGCGGGCUGCACCUCGGCGCGGCCGCCGCGGGCGAAGACGACCUCUUCCUGCACAAGAGCCUGAGCGCCUCCGCCGCCAAGCGCUUGGAGGCGGCUUUCCGCUCCCCGCCCCCGAGCAUGGACCUGUCCCUGGCGCCGCCGCCUCGGGAGCGCCCGGCGUCCUCCGCCUCGUCGCCUCUGGGCUGCUUCGAGCCGGCUGACCCCGAGGGGGCAGGGCUGCUGUUGCCGCCGCCCGGGGGAGGCGGCGGCGGCGGCGGGGUGGGCGUCCCCGGGCUGCUCGUGGGCACUGCCGGCGUUGGGGGCGACCCUAGCCUGAGCAGCCUGCCGGCUGGGGCCGCCCUGUGCCUCAAAUACGGCGAGAGCGCCAGCCGGGGCUCGGUGGCCGAGAGCAGCGGCGGCGAGCAGAGCCCCGACGACGACAGCGACGGCCGCUGCGAGCUGGUUCUGCGGGCCGGCGGCGCAGACCCGCGGGCCUCCCCGGGCGCGGGAGGCGGCGGCGUCAAGGCGGCCGAGGGCUGCUCCAACGCCCACCUCCACGGCGGCGCCAGCGCCCCCCCGGGGGGCCCUGCCGGCGGCGGCGGCGGGGGCAGCGGCGGCAGCGGUGGCGGCGGCGGCGGCGGCGGCGGCGGCAGCAGCAGCAAGAAAUCCAAAGAGCAAAAGGCGCUGCGGCUCAACAUCAACGCCCGGGAGCGCCGGCGGAUGCACGACCUGAACGACGCGCUGGACGAGCUGCGCGCGGUGAUCCCCUACGCGCACAGCCCCUCGGUGCGGAAGCUCUCCAAGAUCGCUACGCUGCUGCUCGCCAAGAACUACAUCCUCAUGCAGGCGCAGGCCCUGGAGGAGAUGAGGCGCCUCGUCGCCUACCUCAACCAGGGCCAGGCCAUCUCGGCCGCCUCCCUGCCCAGCUCCGCGGCGGCGGCGGCGGCGGCCGCUGCCCUGCACCCGGCGCUCGGCGCCUACGAGCAGGCUGCCGGCUACCCGUUCAGCGCCGGGCUGCCCCCGGCCGCCUCCUGCCCGGAGAAGUGCGCCCUGUUCAAUAGCGUCUCCUCCAGCCUCUGCAAACAGUGCACGGAGAAGCCUUAA